GCAGCGCGGCAGGCGCCCGGCCUCGUGCGGGACAGCUCGUCCGCGGGGCGCCGGGGCGGCCCCGCCCGCGGGGGCGGGGCCAGGCCGGGCUGACAAGAUGGCGGCGGCGCUGCGGGCGGCGGAGCGGUUGCGGUUGGCGGCGGGGCCGCCGAGGCUCGCUUUUACUCGUUCUGCGUUUGUUGCAAAAAGACGUAAUUAUGACCAACCAAACUGGUUUGGAGUUGGCUUGGCUUUUAGCACCAGUGCUGCCUUGUGGGCUCUUCUUUUCAAGCAGCAUAAUGAAGAUGUAAUGGAAUAUGAGAGAAGAAAAGCAGAGAGACAACACAAGUGUACAGGAUGUUCGUAGUUGACGGUAUGCUCACUAAGAAGUAACGUGAUCAGCAGUUGUCCUGCAAAUAAAUGAGCACAGCAGAAGUAAAAAGUAUCUCAAUACUUACGCUCAUACAUUUCAUGUGCAGAAUUAAGAAAUAAAUUAUGGAGUAUGGAAGAAACUUA